UUCAUUAGGGGACGGCAGGGCGACGCGACGCGACGUCACGCGUCGCGGUGCCUAGAUCGCGGUAGGCGGUUCUGUCAAGUGGACGAGGAAAAAACUAGGUGAAGGAAGCGGCAAACAUGUUGCGUUCGCGCGGCGGCAGCGAGACGAGAUCAUACGUGCGCCGAACGAGAUCCCGACCUGUCGUCGCCGCUGCCAAAUAAGUCCGUGCACGCAGGAACAUGGCCUCUUCCGCGAAGAGAUCUUGGAAGCUCCAGGAAUUCGUUGCCCAUACACCGAAUGUCAAUUGCUUGGCAUUAGGCCACAAGUCUGGACGUGUUUUAGUAACUGGUGGUGAUGAUAAAAAAGUCAACUUAUGGGCCGUUGGAAAGCAGAAUUGUAUUAUGAGCUUAAGUGGCCAUACAACCCCGAUAGAAUGUGUACGCUUUGGCCAAACGGAGGACCUGGUAUGUGCUGGUUCACAGACAGGUGCGCUGAAGAUCUGGGAUCUGGAACAUGCCAAAUUGGCGCGCACACUUACAGGACACAAGUCUGGAAUACGUUGCAUGGACUUUCAUCCUUAUGGGGAGUUAUUGGCAUCCGGUAGUUUGGACACGGCGAUCAAGUUGUGGGACAUUCGACGGAAAGGUUGCAUUUUCACGUAUAAGGGUCACAACAGAACCGUCAACAGCCUAAAGUUCAGUCCUGAUGGGCAAUGGAUCGCCAGUGCUGGGGAGGAAGGAAUGGUCAAGCUGUGGGACCUAAAGGCCGGUAGACAACUAAGGGAAUUUUCAGAACACAGAGGGUCAGCGACCACCGUUGAGUUUCAUCCGCACGAAUUCCUAUUAGCUAGCGGUAGCGUGGAUAGAACAGUCCACUUCUGGGACUUAGAGUCGUUUCAGCUCGUAUCUUCUACAGAACAAACUCAUUCUUCUGCCAUUCGGUGCCUGUAUUUUAGUCAAGGCGGAGAAUGUCUGUUCGCCGGUAGUCACGACGUUUUAAAAGUUUACGGUUGGGAACCGGGGAGGACCUUAGACACUAUACCCACGGGUUGGGGGAAGGUUCAGGACAUAGCUGUGGCUCAGAAUCAAUUGAUCGGUGCGAGUUUCCACACUGCGAAUGUCAUACUGUACGUGUGUGACUUGAAGAAAAUUGCGCCACUAGGUGGAGUAUCCACCGUGGGUUCGCCUUUCAGUCACGGGAAUUCCCUGAGGAAAAGCUUUUCCAGGGAACGACCGCUCGCAUUGAAGAAACACACAUUGGACGUACGGACGAUAGAAGAGGCGGACAAAUCCGGCACAGAUCCGGAAGACGAGGUCACUUACGCGGAUAUUCCCAACGUAACCGAUUACAGAGACAUUUUCCAGCCGAGCAGGGCGUUGUCUCGCACUCCACCCCCCGAACCUGAGGCUUACGAGGAGCCUCGCGACGUAGAUCCGGCGCAGCCGCAGAUACUGCAAAAUCUCUCUACCUCAAUGUCGAACACGAUCGAUCAAGUGCCGCCGAUGCAAUCACCUUCGCCCCCGCCUGCGCCCACGUUAUCGUUAACGAAACCCGUGCGCAUCCAGCCGAUCAAGUCCUCGCCUCCGGUUCACCGGAACUCCAUCACCUCGACCAGCCAGAUCAGAGCGAACCUGCAGGCGAACAACGGCCUGAACAGGCCGUCCAAGAAUUUGGCCUCCAUACCGCCGUUGAGGCAGAACAUCACUCCGUUCCCCGGCAGCAGAAAGACGAACGAUAACACGGUACCGUUGGGGCCGCAGAGGUCGAACUCGACCCUGACGCCGCGGGUCGCGCCGAUGGCCGCCGUCAUUCCCGUGAUGGACGACGGUAAACUGAAGAAUAGAGUACCUAGUCCGGAUUCGCCGAAGCAUUAUCUGAAGAGGCAGUACAGCAGGGACGGCGAGCAGGGAUACGAGAGCGAUUAUCCUGUACAAAUUAAUAAUAUAAGGCACAGUCCAUCCGACCCGGCGCUGAACAGGCCGAAUACCGCGCAGUCUAGGUCUACGUCGCUCAACAGAAACUUCGCUACCUCAACCGCGUUGUCGGCACGCAACCCAUCCACCACCGCGUCGUCGUCCACGAGAAAGCCGAACAAAGCGCAAGUCCCGCCGAAUCCCAAGCUCGACGUACGCGUCUCGCAGAUAAGAAACAGCGUGGUGGAGGACACGGAGAAGGAGGAGCUCGUGCCGAUGAGCGCCGACAAGCCCUACGGAUUGGACGUUGAGAAUUUUUUGCCACACACCGGUUCCACGGCGCUGGGGUACCCGCAGAUGGGCGUGCUGACGGAAAUGUCGGAGGCCGAGGUGUUGAACAGCAUGAUGCGCAGCCACGAGUCGAUGAUGGCGGUAGUUAAAAGCCGGCAUCGCUCCUUACAGAUCAUAUACUCCCUCUGGCACAAUAAAGAUCUCAAGGCCGCGGUGGACUCUGCAGUGGCGAUGAACGAUCUGGCGGUAAUCGUGGAUCUUCUGGGUAUCCUCACGUUGAAACCAACAAUGUGGAACUUGGAUAUGUGCAAUUCUUUGCUCGGCCCUGUCAGCGAUCUCCUCCAAAGUAAAUACGAAAUGUACAUAACGGUAGCUUGCUCGGCGCUGAGACUUAUCCUUCGUAACUUCGCCCCGGUGAUAAAAUCCAACGUGGAAGCGCCUCUUCACACGAUCGGCGUCGACGUAUCGCGAGAGGAACGGUAUCACAAGUGCCUCUCUUGCUACGAGAAGCUCAUAGCGAUACGGGCGAUCCUGCUGAAGAAACAGUCGACGACUCCCGGCAAACUCGGUGCCUCGUUCCGCGAUCUGGCGGUCCUCAUCAGGGGUCUCGAGUGACCGGAGCCGUCGGUGAAACCCACGUGAACUCGAGACCACUGUCAGUGAACGGACGAGGAACAGCGGAAAGAUCGAACUCCCCUGUCGAACUCGAGCGACGAAAUCGCGACUGGUUUUCGCCGUGCGUUGAAAAAAACGUGAAAACGCGUUCCUACUGCUGCUCUCUUCUUCCGCCGUCACCGAUCAUCGGAGAAAGCGAACAAAAUUGCGAAAUGUUCGAUACACCGUCGUCGGGACAAACGAGUCGCGUUGACGAAAGGAGACAAAAAGAAGUAGAAAGAAGAAUUCCGUAGUUUGAAGGAUGAACAAAGGCAAGAAGAUUCGCGUUUUGGGAGAAAUUCGCGGAUGGACGAGAGAGAGAAAGAGAGGGAUAAAGCGAAAAGCGUAAAAAAAAAAUGUUGCUGAAUGCGCUUAAUGCUGUGUCGAGACAUCGAGAUCGAAGAGCGACCCUUUUGGAAAUUUUCGAGCUUUCGAAUGUACUUCAAGGCUUCUUUUGUGGAUCUACUUGAUCCCAUGUCGGAUAAAUUGAAUUAUCUUUUACAAUCCAGAACAUUCCUCUGUUAGUCGUGUCAUAUUUUUAAAACAAUAAAUCGAAAUAAUACAAUAUCGGUUUUUUUUUUUUUUUUUUUUUUUUUUUUUUUUUGAAUCAAUGCAAUUCGACGGAAUUACUUCAGGCGCGCAGAAAAGGCGCGAGAAAUUUGCCUCUUUGUCGGAAGUAUUUUUGCUACAAAUUUUAAUACAAGUAUCAAAAUCCAAAAGCCCCUUUAGCUUUAUGGGAAAAAGAGAUAACACAGCGGUAAAUCUCGUAAGCGAAGUUCAAUGCCAGGUUCCAAUGUGUCAGUACAUCGAUCUCAAAGUGCUCACUUUGGGGGAUUACGUUGUGGAGAGUGUCGCUAAUCGUCAGUUUCUCCGUUAAAAUAUGUAUCCGUGUCUCUGAUUGCACAGCACGAGUCGAGUUUCGAGUUGACGUUUCAAUAUUUGCACGGAUGCUCGCGGUCGGUGCUCUUUUGCGCCUUUCUUGCCAAGAUCGUUGGGAAUCACGAAACGAUUUGAGUAUGUGUGUGUGUGCGUGUGUGCGUAUGUGUGCGCGCGUAUGUAUAUCAGCCUCGAUCAUGGAGGCGGUGAGCGCGACGAAGGCGACGCUUAACUUGAUAAAU